GCUGCAAAUGAAGUUCCCUUGUGCGCGCGGCUUUGCAGCUCAGAGUGCAGCCGGGAGAGAGCCAGCCGAACCGCGGGAUCCCUCGCGGGUGGGAUGAGGGUGGGGGCAGAGGGGGAGCCCCCGCGGCCCCCUCCCAGCCCUCGGCGCGCGUGCCAUUGGCCCGGGCAGCCCAGUGGGCGGGAGGAUGACAUCAGCGGCAGGUUGGAUUAUAAAGGCGCGAGCGGAGCCGCGGGCUCAGAGCGCACCCAGCCGGCGCCGCGCAGCACUGGGACCCGCGCCUGCACCGCAGUCCGGCCAGCCUGCUCCGCGCCCGCCUGCUGCUCUGCCCGCCAGCCCCGCGUGCCCUCGCUGCCGCCGGUCUGCGCCCCUCGACCCUACGGGCACCAUGCACCUCUCCCAGCUGCUGGCCUGCGCCCUGCUGCUCACGCUGCUCUCGCUCCGGCCCUCUGAAGCCAAGCCCGGGGCGCCGCCGAAGGUCCCGCGAACUCCGCCGGGGGAGGAGCUGGCCGAGCCCCAGGCUGCGGGCGGUGGACAGAAGAAGGGCGACAAGACCCCUGGAGGCGGCGGCGCCAACCUCAAGGGCGACCGGUCUCGACUGCUCCGGGACCUGCGCGUGGACACCAAGUCGCGGGGGGCGUGGGCCCGCCUUCUGCACGAGCACCCCAACGCGCGCAAAUACAAAGGAGGCAACAAGAAGGGCUUGUCCAAGGGCUGCUUCGGCCUCAAGCUGGACCGGAUCGGCUCCAUGAGCGGCCUGGGAUGUUAGAGCGGCGACCCCUGGCGGCGGAUUGGGAACUUGCUCCAUUGUGCUGAGGUCAUCCUUGGUCAUCAGCCUCCCGGCAUCUGGAAGCACUUCCAACGCAAUGUGGCUUUUACAUUUCUUUUUUUUUUUUUUCCUGGUACUGGGAAUACACAACACCAGCUGUCUUAUUAUUUGGGGAGGGGGGGUAUGAGUUUAUUGUUUGUUUUUUUUGAAAAUGAAAAAUAAAAAGUUAUAUAUUAUAUAUAUAUUAUAUACAUGAAACAUGCACCUACACCCACGUGAUGACAAGGGACAGUUUUUAAGAGACUGACAAAACCAGCUGUAAAACAUUGCUGUUUGUAAAUUCAUGUCAUGCCUAAAUGUAUUUAUGUUGUAAAGCUAUUUAUAUUGUUUAUAAAGAGAUAUUUAUAAAAAUUUUAUUUAUGUAACUAAAUGAAAGAAGUCAAUCAUUGUAAUGUUUCUGUCUUAACUAGUUGGAAAAUGUAAAAAAAAGUCAUUCCAUGAACA